AUGGAGGCCAAUUACUUGGAAGGCAGCUAUACCUGGUCAGACACGGCUCGUCAGCCUGAAGCGACGCCGCCGACCAGCGCCAACAACUCUCUUCUGCUUCCGGCGCAGCCUGUCAUCAAGGAAGACAUCAAGGAAUCUACUAUUCUCACGACCGGUUAGUUUUUUUGUAGCAUUCAAAAAUAUUCUUUUUUUCAAAACAAAAAAAGUUUAUACCCUAGGAAACAUUUUUUUUGCGAAAAAGAUAAUUAAAAAAACUACUUUUUUUGUCAUUUUCUGAAAAGCUCAAAAGAGUUUUUUUAACUGUAAAGAUAAAAAUUCUCUAUAGUCUCUUCCUACAAAAAAACGUAUGUUUUUCAAGAUAGGAAUUUUUAAUUUUUUUGUUAAACACAAAUUUAAACCAACCAAGAACAUUCAUUUCACCUUUCAGUCUGAAAUUUACAAAAAUUGUUUCCAAGUUUUUUUUUAGACUUAGAGAUAAAUACCUCUGUGGCUCGAAAGUUUAGGCUUGAGUUCAUACUUUGCAAACUUGAAAAAUCGUCUCUCUAAAACUACACGUUCUCGAAGCUAGCGACUUUCAUGUAGACCUUCAGCAUAUAUAAGCGAUUUUGUAAUAGAAUCCAAACCGCAAAUCGAAACGACCCUCCUUGUCAGGACAUUUAUGAUUUUUUCAAAAAAAAAAAAACUAAACAAUACUCCAUCAUAUUCACGACUCCCGUUUUUAUGAUUACGGUAGGAUUGCCACACCAAAAGGGCAGGCGCAUUGAUGAGCACUGGCUUACAAAAUUAUCUCGCUUCUCUCUCGAAAUCAAAAAGAUCUUGGUUCAAGUGACCGUUUUAGAGAUUUUUCUUUUCAGUUUGGAACUCAUUUUUGUAAAUUUCUUUUUCAACAAAACAGUUCUUUUAUGACGUCAUUAGACGAGAGGGAGCGCCUCUUUGGAAAAAGGUCUUAUCUAUUUGCGUGCCCAUAAUAAAUGCUUUAUCAUUAACUCUGAUUUUCAGUAUUUUUUUUUCGCAAGACAUUUCCUCGAGUGGUUGCUUGCUACUGAAUUGAUUUUAAUUUCUUAAUGAAGAACAAGAUUUCAGUGAAGAACAAGAUUUCAGUGAAGUUUGAAGAUAUGAGCACGAUGCAUCGUCAGAGCGUCAUAGAAGCACCAAUAAACAGCGUUGGCGCGAAACAGGAGCUCCAAUUUGCCACAAGUGAAAAUUUGAGCCUAUUUGUUGUUUCAUAGCUCCGUCUAGACUCCUCUCUGCACAGUUUCGCCGACCCUUGCCAGCCCAACUUUCUAAUGACUGACACUUUCUCCACCCAAUACUUGCCACAGCCAUUCAUCACGUCCGGCGGCUCGUUCGCGAGUUUAAACAGGUGAGUUCAUUCAGUCGAGAAAUGCUGCCAUUCGCUGUGUUCUUCAGAUUUUACGAUCAUCGUAUGGGAGCUCCAUAUGGAGACGCACAAAUCGUCCAUUCGAGUUUCAUGGUGAGGAUUCUUUUCUGAAUUUUCAGAGACCGCGAUAAGAUAUUCAUUUUUUUGUUGGAUAAUUUGUGUUUGCAGUAACUAUACAAACGCAUCGUUCCAACAAAUAAGAGGAAAAUUGGUGAAAAAAAAAAACAAAAAACCUCAUUAUUUCAACCUAUGUACUUAUUAUCUGCUUUGGAAGCGUAUUUGUAUAAAAAUGGUUUUUUUCUUUAAUUGCUUUUUCAUUAUGAUGUCCGUUCAGCUUUUCGGCUUUUUUUCAUUUUUGAAACCAGCUUCAAAUUUCAAAAGCAGCUCAAAAAAGGCAAAAAAAAAGAAAAAUUUAACUGAUGCCAAAACUUCGCACGAGCGCACAAAAUCAACAAUAUCAUAUCCGUUUCAAGAUUCAUAUUACCAUUGCUUUUUAAAGUAUAGAUUAAAUUAUAAAUCUAAUAUUAUAUGUAUAGAGAAAAAUAGUCAAAAAUUUCGAAAACCGCAAAACCGCUUUUGACAUGUAAACGUCUUCGACAUUUUUUUAUCUUUUAAUUGAAUUUUCGUCAAAAUUGGAAUGGAUCGAAAUAAAAAGUUAAUCUUCAGUGAUGCAAAAAAGUGGAUUUUGUUUAUAUGAAAAAAAUUUCAGAAUUUGCCUCCUUAUAGUUCUUAUAAUCAUGCUGAAUGCGUUGCGUGUGGUACAGCGUGUAGCGACGACGCUAAAACUGUUUCCGGAGGGUGAUUAAUUUUCAAAAUUGUCUUUUUUGAUCAAACUGUUCAGCUACAUGUGUGGUUCUUGCCAUCGAGCCUCUACUACCGGCUUCGAAUUACCUCUCAACACGAUGGUUUGUGAAAAGAUUAUCGUUGGAAUCAUUUGGUUAUUUCAUUUCAGCACAUGCAAACCCAGCUUUAUCAACCGACCGCUCAAACAGCAACUGUCUUGAGUUUAACAGAAAGCAACGAAAACUCUGCAAGAGCAGCUCCAGGGGCAUCAGUUACUCCAAAAACUCCUCGACCCACGUCCAGCAAAAAACCGGUAAAUCUGUUCGAACUCUGCAUCGAUUCCAUCUAAUCGAAGAGCUCAAACCGUCGCCAAGACCUCAUUUGCUCGAAUUGCAACGGGACCAACACGACUUUGUGGAGGAGAACUGCCAAUGGAGAACCUGUUUGCAAGUGAGUUUUCUAUGAAAACUUAUGAGUUCGAAAUUUUAAUUUCAGUGCUUGUGGUUUGUACUACAAGUUGCACAAUGUACAAAGGCCACCCACGAUGAAAAAAGAAGGGGCUCUUCAAACUCGGAAAAGGUUAGCUACGAAAGUGUCAGGAUGAUUGAUGGAUUUUUAAGUUGUGCUUUUCGCACAUUUUCAUGAGAAUUCAAAUAAGAAAAAAAUUUAAAAAAGAGAAGAAAGCAUUCAGAUCUUUUUGGUUGGCUUUCCGAGUUCUUUAGUUCAUUUAUGAACGAGUGAAUGAGUAAAAUGAGAAAAACCUUAAAAGACAAAGUAAUUUGAACGUUUUCAGCCACGCGGCUUCCUGCAAUUUUUUCGAGAAAUUCGGAGAAAACUGAAAUGAAAAAUUCCCUUUUGAAAAAAAAACACAAAAGUCUGAAAAAUCAAAAAAGCUGAAGAAAAUUCUUGAUUUUUUUUUCAAAAAUCCUACGUCCGAAAAAGUUUCAGAAAACAGAAAAAUCACGACGGGACGACCGCUACAACUACAUCGAGCAAAAAAAGAGACCGGAACUACCAAUCAAGCAGUGGCCCGGGAAUCGACCGAAACAGUAGACGUACUUCAUUUGAUGGAUGGAUCUCAACUAGAUACUUUUUCAGGUCGAUCGGAGACCAAAGAAAAAGAUCAACAGUUGUUCAAAGGGGCCCCGAGCAUCCCUUAUGCCUCUUUUUCUACAGUUUACAACACCGGCGCGGUUUUAUCCGACAAUUACACUAUCAAUAGCUGGCCGCCUUUGAUUCCACAAGGUUUUUAAAAGAUUUGUUUUUCAGCUUCAAAAAUGUCUAAUCGAUUUCUAUCAAACAAACUUCAAUAGAAAGAUUUUCAGAUCCGCAUUCUUCGGCUUUCCAGCCCACGUACCCUUCAAUAUACGCUGUUAAACCCAGUGAUGUGAGUCCUAACCUUAGAAAAACUAGGAGUGUGUCUAUUUUUUAGGUACAAGUAGCUCCUGUGGCCGAAGAAGAAACGGAAGCAGCGGCUCGGAAUCUCGAAGACAACGACCGUCCCUCAUAA